AUGAAGAGCUUGUGCUCAGAAGCAUCCUUUCUCCUUUUUUUCAAUUCUCCUAUUAACAAACUGUUGGGGGUAAAAGCUAAGAAAUGCAAUCCAAGCGGCAGCAUAAGGGGAAAGGAACCCCCUCUUGGGCAAUGCAAUACUGAGAAUGACUCAGAAUGUUGUGUUGAAGGCAAGAUAUACACCACUUACGAGUGCUCACCACCAGUAGUUCGCCACACAAAAGCCUUUCUCACCCUCAACAGCUUUGAGGAGGGAGGAGAUGGCGGUGGUCCAUUAGAAUGUGUUAAUCAGUUCCACUCUAACGACAAACCCGUGGUGGCGCUAUCGACCGGAUGGUUCAACAAAAAGAGGAGAUGUCUUAACAACGUCACCAUCAAAGCCAAUGGGCGGAGUGUGCAAACCGUGGUGGUAGACGAGUGUGAUUCAACUAUAGGGUGUGAUGCAGACCAUGAUUAUCAGCCUCCAUGUCCUAACAACAUUGUUGAUGCCUCUAGGGCCGUGUGGGAAGCUUUGGGUGUGCCUCGUGAUAAUUGGGGUGAGCUAGACAUUAUAUGGUCCGAUGCUUAG